CUGGACGCCCUGCCCGGCCCCCCAAGCUGGCCGCUGAUGGGCAGCCUGCCCGACGUCCUCUGGAAGGGGGGACUCAAGAGGCAGCAUGAGACCCUGGCUGAGUACCACAGGAGGUUUGGCAAGAUCUUCCGCAUGAAGCUGGGAGCUUUCGACUCCGUGCACAUCGCAGCGCCCUGCCUCCUAGAAGCCCUGUACCGCCGGGAGAGCGCCUGUCCCCAGCGCCUGGAGAUCAAGCCCUGGAAAGCUUAUCGGGACUAUCGCGACGAGGGCUACGGGCUACUGAUCUUGGAAGGAAAGGACUGGCAGAGGGUAAGAAGUGCCUUUCAAAAGAAAUUAAUGAAACCCAGAGAAGUUGCAAAGCUGGAUGCUACAAUCAAUGAGGUCCUGGAGGACUUCAUGCACAGAAUAGAUGACAUUUGUAACCACAAUGGACAAAUGCAAGAUGUCUAUUCAGAAUUCAACAAAUGGUCAUUUGAAAGUAUCUGUCUGGUGCUAUAUGGAAAGAGAUUUGGUCUUCUACAGAAGGAUGUAGAAGAAGAAAGUUUGAACUUCAUCAAGGCUGUAAAAACGAUGAUGGCUACUUUUGGAAUGAUGAUGGUGACCCCCGUGGAACUUCACAAGGGUCUGAACACAAAAGUCUGGCAAGCUCAUACUAAAGCGUGGGAUGAUAUAUUUAAAACAGCCAAGCACUCAAUUGACUGUCGACUGGAAAAACACUCUGCAAACCCUCAGGAGGAUUUCCUGUGUGACAUCUAUUCUGGAGGACAACUUUCCAAGAAGGAGCUGUAUGCUGCUAUUGCAGAGCUCCAGAUUGCAGGAGUUGAAACGACGGCCAAUAGUUUACUAUGGGCUUUGUAUAACAUUUCACGCAACCCACAUGUUCAGCAGAAGCUUUUCCAGGAAAUACAGAGUGUUUUGACUGCCAAUGAGAGUCCAAGUGCUGAGAACUUGAGGAAUAUGCCUUACCUAAAAGCAUGUCUGAAAGAAUCCAUGAGAUUAACACCAUCGGUGCCAUUUACCACUCGCACCAUCCACACAGAAAUGGUUCUGGGAGAUUAUGUACUGCCCAAAGGGACUGUACUUAUGAUAAAUAGCCAUGCUCUGGGUUGCAAUGAAGAGUACUUUAGUGGCUGGACUCAGUUUAAACCAGAACGCUGGUUUCAGAAGAGCUUCAUAAAUCCUUUUUCUCACGUUCCCUUUGGCAUUGGGAAGAGGAUGUGCAUCGGGCGCCGCGUAGCAGAGCUGCAGCUCCACUUGGCCCUUUGCUGGCUCAUUCGCAAAUACCAAAUUGUAGCAACUGACAGCAAACCAGUAGAAACACUCCAUUCAGGAAUACUGAUUCCCAGCAGGGAACUGCCCAUUGCCUUUCACAGGCGGUAA